AUGAUCUCUUUAAAGAAUAAAUUAGGUCGAUUAAUACCUUAUAUUGAUGCUAAAUACAUUCUACGAGUAGGCGGUCGUUUGAAAAACUCUAUUCUAAAUCCGGAUGAGAAACACCCACUCAUUCUUGCUUCGGGAUCUACGUUAACGGCUCUACUUGUCGAGUAUCAUCAACGACGUUCUCUUCAUGGCGCUGUUCAGCUCACCCUCGGAAUCUGGAGGCAGCAGUACUGGAUUCUGAAAGGAAGGUCUGUCGUCAAAACAUUCAUUCAUCGAAGCCUACCAUGUCUUCGUCAGAGAGCAGCCACCUCUCAGCAAUUAAUGGGAAAUCUUCCAGCAAUUCGUUCAAGUCCAAGUAGACCAUUCCUACACACUGUUGUGGAUUACGCUGGACCUAUCCGCCUCCGUAUCACCAAGGGCCGUGGCUAUAAAUCUUAUAAGGGUUAUAUUGCCGUUUUUGUUUGUUGUUCCACCCGUGCUGUGCACUUGGAAGUAGUAUCCGACUAUACGGCAAAUGGCUUUAUAGCGGCCUACGCAAGAUUUGUUUCUCGUCGUGGAAUUAGCAAAACAUUAUCCAGUGACCAGGGAUCUUCAUUGGUUCUGACGCCAACAUUCGAGCCAUGUUUUCUUCAGCCUCGAAAGAAUCAAAAUUCGUUGCUUCAGUGCUUACUGCUGACGGCACUAAGUGGAGGUUCAAUCCACCAGGUGCACCUCAUUUUGGCGGACUUUGGGAGGCAGCUGUGA